AUGGACAAAAGUGAGAAGACCGCCGAGACUUUUACCGAAACACAUUUACACAUUUACAGAAAAAAGCAGUUUACCGGAUGAGCAAAGAAAAGAGACGGAGGAGGCGGCGCAGAAGGCCGCAAGCGCCGGAUACUUCAAAACGGCUCUCGUGCAAUUCGGACAGCGCAUCGGCAUUGUCGAGCAGACAAAGUUGGAGCCAAAGUUUCAGGUAGGCGGGACACUUUUGCAUCUAACGCGAACUACUUUGCGAUAAAUUGUUGAACUGUUAAAGUAGACGUGGCGGUUGACGUGAAACGUCGGCAUAUCAUCAUCACUUUCAGAGCAAUAUAAACAAACUGAUUUCGUAUCACAACACAAUUUACAAUAUCGUCGAUUCAAUAGAACUGCAAAUUCAGGUACACCUAGCACUUUUUUGUAAAUCUAAAACCCCUUCUUCUACAGGUCAAUCCAUCAGUAACAGCGAUGCAAAAAGUGGUGAGCCCGGAGGGCGAGAAUCUAUGGGAAAUGCUCGGCGGCUGGUUUCACUACAUGACAAUGUUCCACUUCGAAGGCCACGACGCGCUGAUGCUCCAGAAGUACAGCCACGCGUGCGGAAAGAUUGCACAAAAGGAGAUUCAUGUGCAGAAGAAGAGUAAGUCUAACCAGAGUGAGCUCUCGAGACGAAAAUGAUCAAUGGGUCAAAAAUGCCAAAUUGAAUUCUCUCAGAGACUAACCCAAAUUCUAACACCCACGCAAUUUACAGCACGAGCCCAGUACAUCAGAAAAAUGCGAAUGUACACUGGCGACGAGAGUUUCGAGCUGAACGACAACGUGAAACAACUGAACGACCUGCUGCACGGCAUCGACGAGACGCGACAUCUACUGAAGCACGCGCAGACGACGAACGAAGUGAAGACGCGCGGCGACGCGUACCAUCGGAUGAUCAAGGCGUUCAACCGGAAGGGCAACGAGGUGCAGGCGUCGCUCGACGAGGUGCCCAUGGAGGCGUCGCUGCAUCAGAAGGAACUGCUCAAGGUUCGAGAAGCGUUGUUUUUAGUGUCGUGAGAUUUGAUGCAAAAUCCGCGGGAAAAUCCGAAAACAGAUUUAUCUAUUUUUUUAAAAUAAAAUGUCGGAUUUCUCGCCGCCGGCAUGCAGAAGCGUUUGGAGCACGGAUUCUGAAAUUAUGGGCGGAGAGAAACGGGUUUUGUUCAUCUUUAAACUAACGCAACAACCUUUUUUGUUCCUCUGCAUGCUGACGGCGGCGACGAAGUGGAGAAGAAUCUGUAAAUGUUUGUUGGAGAGAAAAACGAUAGUUUCGUCGGAAACUAUAGUGUUAUAACACGAAAAUCGCUGAAUACGUGUAGCUCUGUUGAUUAUUUGACUGUUCCGACGAUGAAAACCCUGAAAAGACUCAAAUUAACUGCAAUCGAGCUGAGAAAAACAGAAAUCGAGAAAUCUUCGAAAUUUCAUUAUAAAAAGCGAGAAAUCUGUUUUCAGAGUUGACUUUCUAUAGCAAAAGACAAUUAAAAUGAAUGAAUGCGAAGAAAACAUGAGGAAAAACGAAUGAGAAACGUAAUUUUUGCUGAUUUUCGUUCAAAGAAUAAAACAGACUUGCAACGGGCCGGGCCGGGCCGGGCCAAAAUUGGAAAUUUUCCGGCCCGGCCCGGCCCGGUCGGCCCGGGAGGAUGCACCUAAAAAAAAUUGCUGAUUAAAGUCGCAAAAUUUUCACAAAAAUUACGAACAUUUGCUCAAGAGUGGGCGGAGCGAUUGAUUGCAACUCUGGCACGCCAUUUUAGCAAUUUUGCCGCACGCGUUUUCCUCUUCCUUCAUAUUUUUUUGCAUAUUUUUUUUGAGGUCUAACUUCCGGGCCGACGAUUUGCUGGCGGGCCGGCCCGGGAUUUGGCAAGUCUGGAAUAAAACGAAAAACGGAAAUGAUGAAGCGUGCGGCAAUGUUGCGAAAAAGUGUGCGGUAUAUACGUUUGGGCCAGAUUAUUGAGUGAGAAUUGAACCUCUAGAAGAGUACACUUUUUUCAGUUUGCCGGAGAAGUGUCGAAAUACCACGAUUUCGCCGACAAUCACUUGACAGAAGUGCUCCUCCGGCUCGGCAUCAACCCGAACGUGAAGCCAAAUCUGAAGGGCCACAACAAGAAGGCGUCGAAAAUAAUGAAGCUUUUCUGA